AAGGAUUUUUUAAUUUUUUUUUCAUUCGCAGUGAUUUGAUUUUCGUAGUUAUUGUUUGAGAGCGAGGCCAGCCAGCAAGCGGAAGCCAAGCAAAUAUGAAGGAGAACAGUGAUGUGUUCAUUAGGGCAGAUCAGAUCGAUCUGAAGAGUUUGGAUGAACAGCUGGAGCGGCAUCUGAAUCGAGCACUAACCAUGGAGAAGAAGAAGGAGGAAAAUAAGGAGAAGAGCAGUAGAGAAGAAUGGGAGAUCGAUCCUAGUAAGCUUUUAAUAAAGAGUGUUAUUGCUCGAGGCACCUUUGGCACCGUUCACAGAGGGUUUUACGAUGGUCAAGACGUUGCAGUUAAAUUGCUUGACUGGGGGGAAGAAGGUUACAGAUCUGAUGCUGAAAUUGCUUCACUGAGGCAAGCUUUUUCCCAUGAAGUUGCUGUCUGGCAUAAGCUUGACCAUCCUAAUGUAACUAAGUUUAUAGGGGCUACAAUGGGUACAUCAGAGCUGAACAUACAAACAGAAAAUGGUCAUAUGGGCAUGCCAAGUACUGUUUGCUGUGUUGUUGUUGAAUAUCUGCCAGGGGGUGCUUUGAAAUCAUUCCUCAUAAAGAACCGGCGGAGGAAGCUAGCUUUCAAAGUUGUUAUUCAAUUAGCAUUGGAUCUUGCACGAGGGUUGAGUUAUCUUCACUCCAAAAAGAUUGUUCAUAGAGACGUGAAGACAGAAAACAUGCUUUUGGAUAAGUCACGCACUGUAAAAAUAGCGGACUUUGGGGUUGCUCGUGUUGAGGCUCAAAACCCUAAUGACAUGACGGGUGAGACUGGGACCCUUGGUUACAUGGCUCCUGAGGUCCUUAACGGCAACCCGUACAACAGGAAAUGUGAUGUGUACAGUUUUGGAAUCUGCUUGUGGGAAAUAUAUUGUUGUGACAUGCCUUAUCCAGACCUGAGCUUCUCAGAAGUGACAUCAGCUGUUGUUCGCCAGAACCUGAGGCCAGAGAUACCACGUUGUUGCCCAAACUCCCUAGUAAAUGUAAUGAAGCGAUGUUGGGAUGCAAACCCUGACAAACGGCCCGAGAUGGACGAGGUGGUGUCUAUGUUAGAGGCAAUUGACACAUCAAAGGGUGGGGGGAUGAUACCCCCUGAUCAGCAACAGGGAUGUCUGUGCUUCCGUAAAUAUCGAGGACCUUAGGAAGAUCAUUCCUUGGAGUGAAGAAGACAAGUGACCAAGGUUUGUAGAUUCAAUUUGGAAUCGAGUUCAAAGGAAAGUUGGGAUUUCAGAAUAGAAGAGGCAGUGGAUGGUGUGGUAUAGCCUGGGAGGAGCUCUGCAACCUCUUGUCCCAUUAUGGGAAUAACCAUGUAAAAGUUUUUUUUUUUUUUUUUAAUGAGACAAAGCUUUUAUUUUGUUCU